AUGACAAACAGUAGACUGGCCGGAAAACUCAAACGUUUUGUCGAUACUCUUAACACAGAUCGAACAAACUAUGUAGCUUCUUUUGCUUAUGGAUCUGUCGUUUUUCCACAGAAGGACAGAACAUCAAGUAAUUCACUUAUUGAUCUAAUCAUAAUUGUUCGUAAUCCUGUGGAAUGGCAUCUGAAAAAUAUUUCUGAAAAUCCUAAUCACUACAAUUUUUUAUUUCGGAAUUAUGCCAAAAAGUACCGGUCAUCAAGCCUAGAAGUGUUUCUUUCUCGCAUUCCCGGUCCCAAAGUCUAUUACAACCCGUUUAUUGAAUGGAGUGAUCCACUUGAUAAUACCAAACUGUCGUUUAAAUAUGGUGUAGUUUCAUUGGAUAGUCUACUCACCGAUUUGUGUGAUUGGUCACAUCUCUACUUAGCUGGACGCCUACAAAAGCCUGUAUUAUGGAUUCCUAAUGGGUCUGAUCUCUCUUCACCUCAAGUUUAUGAUGAAAAAUUGUGUGUAUCACAAAACAAAAAUCUACUUGCGUCCAUAUCUUACUCAAUUUUACAAAAUUAUCCAACAAAUUUCCCAUUGAAUGAAUAUGACUUAUUCUACACAAUUUCUUCAAUAUCUUACACUGGAGAUUGGCGAAUGAUUAUCGGUGAAGAUCGACAGAAAGUAAGACGCUUAGUGUCUGGUGAAAGUCGAUUAUCUGAAUUUCGCACGCUUUAUAAUAAUACGUUGGAUUCUCUUCAACUAUACGGUUUUUCUCUUAAACCAUCUUCAAAAUCUAAUCUCUGUAAAAAUGAGUUGCAUUGGUUUAAGCCGUGUAACAAUGAAUCUGAAAAUAUUUUUCAACUUCUGAAAAAUAUUCCCGAUCACAUAUGUUUACUUUCUGUUCAAGAGACUUUGAAUCAUAAUUCUAAUGAUGCUCGAACAUUUUUAUCAAAUUUAUCGCAUACAGAUAGAAAUAAACGGUUACAAAAUACUUUAUUUAAUAUAGUCAGAAAGUCUAGUCUAUAUCAAACUGGUUUAGGUUUAGUUUCCGCUGGACCUAAACGAUCUUUAAGAUAUGCAUUAGCAAAACUUAAUAAAAUGUUUGCUAGUUUAGGAUUAAUUAAAUGGAGCUAG